GUCACGACGCAUCAUUCUUCAACGCUUGUGAGUACACCGGCGUGCCAAUCUCUCCCGAUUUACCUUCCCGGUCGGUUUCUGUUUGCGAGACUUUGCUCUGGACACCAUCUUCACCACAGCAACAUCCAAGAUGCCUGCCUCUGAGCAAGCUACUUUGGCCAACGCAUCUUUUCGGGGUCUCCCAAACAUGAUGAUUUCGGGACAGGGGUUCUUCGAACUUGAAGCUUGCAGCUCAACGACCGAAGCCGUGAGAAGGCGCAUGGCCGUCACUGCUGCCUUCGCUUUUGACCACCCCGGCCCAGAUGUUGACCCUACUUACAAGGACAGACAACACUAUAAGAUCGAGAUCAUGUGGACACUCAACCAGGGUAUCAAUCGCCUAAACGGCCAACAACUUUCCACGGACGACAUUUCCAUGGACGACAUAGACGUGAGGUGCACCAUGGUCAAUAAACACCCGAGAAUGGAUGGAAACAGACAUCAACGAAGCAGGCAGAUGGUCUGGUCAGAUCAAGGGAGGAAUGUGAUGACGGAGAAGUGAGGACAUGGUCUGGAUACAAGUUCACAACGGCGAUAUCAACCGUUUGAUCACUCGAGAAGGAAGUGUAGAAAACAUCCAAAAAAAAACCCGAGGAUGAGGUUGUGGAGAUAUCUAUAGCGAAGCCACCGUUCGGG